AUGAAGAUCAGGCAUCGGAGGAAGCCACUGCCGCUCCAGCAGCUGUGUGCCCCACCAUCAGCCGCAGCAUCACCGGCCGGUGUAAAUCGUGCCAGACCCAAUUCAAAUCUGUCAGGACUUGCAUCAGUUAGUUUGUCGCGGCCCUCUGUUGUGGUAUCUUCCUCAACAACGGCCCAAGCUUCAGCUUCAUUGCCAUUGGUUUCGGCCAGGUCCACAGCUACCAUCCAGCAUCGCAUUUUGCCGGCUGAAACCAUUCCCCUGCCCAUUACCAUUUCCCAGCGACCUGGUUUGCGUACCGUCAUUGCUCCCGAGACCAUAACCAUUCAACAACCCACCAUUGCUCGAGUGGGCGAAGUUGUGCAGCAAAUCCCCACCGCAGUAUCCCACCAACGUCAAACUGUUGUUCACAAACAUGCCCGAGUGGUUACACCCAUUGUGGCCCCAGCUGUUCGCACCUUAACUUCACAAAUUGUUCGCGCAUAUCACACACCCUUGGUCUAUGCUCCCCAAGUGACCACAAAUUAA